UCUUCACAGGAUGGGAGAGUCAGAACAAGUACAAGAUUGCCAAUACAUUGGGACAGCCAGUCUAUUUCAGUACAGAAGAUUCUAACCUGUGUGAGCGACAAUGCUGUAAAAAUGCUCGUAGCUUUACGAUGGCCAUCGUUGACACGACCGGGAGAGAGGUGAUAUCGCUGGAAAGACCUCUCAGAUGCACAUCCAUGGGGUGCUGCUGCUGCUACAGCUGGUUGCAGGAAGUGAAAGUCUAUGCACCCAGAGGAUCCCUGAUUGGUACCGUUCACGAGAAUUUCAACUACUGCGUUCCAAAGUACUCUAUCUUUAAUGCUGCACACGACGAGAUAUUCCGCAUAGAGGGCGACACUUGUGCGUGUGCUUGUCUAGGAGGAAACGUUAACUUUGAGAUUCUGUCAUCUGCCACGGGUGAGCGAAUUGGCCGAAUUCAGAAGCAGUGGACUGGACUUGUGCGGGAGAUGUUUACUGACGCCGACAAUUUUGGCGUUCAGUUCCCAUUGGACCUUGACGUUAAAAUGAAGGCGAUCCUUCUGGGAGCUCUCUUCCUGAUUGACUUUGUCUACUUUGAAAGAAACGGCUAGAGCACCAGUUGGUAAUCUUUCCCUCCAUUGAAAAAGAUGAGCUUAUUAGCUAGCUCUUAUGCAUAUAUUUUGUAAAUUGUCUUCAGUUAUACUUGAGGUUUUUCUGUGUUUUCAGUUUAAAGGUGCUUGUUUUGCACUGUAUUUGAAAUUGGAAUACAUUACCUGUUAGAUGUUUUAUUUAUUAUAUCGAUGUUCUAAUAGUGCUAGAUGAAAUCGAAAGCAUUGACUAUGACACAUAGAUUCUUUACUCCCACAUGAGUGCAGGAGUGUAAUAGUAGGGGUGACUACUCCUACGCAACUGCAUUGUAAUGAAGUAUCAAUUCCUAUUGCAACGAAAAUAGUGUAUACUUAAUUUAAUAAGAACAAUGUGCUAAAUAACCAAAUACCUGAAUAAUAAGUUAAGUCACCUUAAUUUUGGGGUUUUAAUUAGUAUAAUUACAUUAUUAUCGGACGACAGCUUGAGAAAAUAUUUAGUGCUGUUUUUUCUUUUUAUGCCAAAAAACGUUUCCCCACAUAUAUAUUCUGCAGAUCGUAGCAUAUAUAUAGUCAAUUUAAUUAUUGCAUUUCUCUAUGAUAUUACCAGUUGUAUAAUUGCUCUAGUGAUUGAUUUUAAAUAAUUUUUAAAGUGUUUAUUAGGCUUUGGGUAAAUGUUUUCAUUAAUAAUUUGUUAGAAUAUGCAUGUGUAUUAUCGAUAACUGAUGUUGAUCGUAUAUUGUGUUGUCACCUUCGUAAUGCGACCCAUCCCUGGCUCUCUAAAGCCUUUCUUGUGUAAUUCUUCUGUUAAACGCAAUCACUGUUUAGUCAGGGCUCUGUUUCACAACAGCUUAGUCAGACCUGUAUUAGCAUUCCCUUUUAUAGGUAUUGUUUGGGCAUUGGUAUGGGUUUGGAUGCAAUGGGUAGUGAUGCCAACGGUAGCAGAGGCCAAACUCUGACCAGGUUUAUAACUUAUUGUGAAUGCAUUAGACUGAAGGUACUAUUACUGAAUGGACUAAAAUUGGGAGUUUUUAACGGCUAGAGGUGGUCAACCGAAGUCGCAGCAAUAAGUAACAGGCGUCACUUGUGAUGUCUUGUAACAUACCUUUCAUUAGUUGGAAGGAUGGGUCUACUGACCGGGGUGAAUUAAAACGUUACUUUAGCGUCUUAGUUCUCGGUUAUCUGUUUUUGGCAAUUAUAUUUUACUAUGUAUUAAUAGAAAACAUAUUUCUAUAUUUUCUUAAGAAUAGACUUAAAACUUAGAUGUUUUUUUUCUUCACUUUAUAUGCCAAGCGAAGAUGUCGAUUGAAAACCUGUGUUCUUUAAAUGCGCUUUAUUCGGAGGAAAUUUUUCAUUUAAUGUUGAAACUUUUCAUUUCUAAGCCCAUUAUUUCAGGGAUAAGAAUUCUCGAUGGAUCCACUGUUCUCACGUUUUUGCUUGUACUGUAAUUUUUAUGAUUGGUGUAUCCUUCAGGAACCUGUCGUUGAGAAACAAACUAUCGCUGAGAGGGUC